AUGGUGCUCUGUCCAAUAUGCAACCAGACAGUCAAAUCCUCCGAGAUCAACGGCCAUAUUGACUCCGGGUGCACAACCUUCGUCGUCGACAAUGCCUCCGCCGACAGCAACACCAGCUUGAAGUCCUCAUCCUCGCAGGCACACCCACAGUCACAGUCUCAGUUACAACCGCAACCACAGUCACAGGCACAGGCACAUUCAAUCUCGCAAUCCCAGCCGCCGCCACAACCCCAGGGCCUGCCUCCUCCGUCCACGAUGAAGAGGUCCGCUGCAGACUUCUUCGCAACGCCCGCUGCUAAACGACAGGCCACCACCUCCAAAGUCUUGACCCCGGUCUUGAAUGGCUCGGCCAAUGGCUCAACCGGCUCCACAGUCAGGCCGUCCCCGGUUUAUUCGACCGUGAAAACCAUAGGCGUCAAGAGAUCCUUCGAUCAGGGGCCGGGCAGCACGCCGCCCGCCCAGACAAGUCGUGGUGACUCCCCGCAGGAUACCCCUAUGGCCGAAGCCCAGCCUCUGUCGCUGCUUGCGCCGCCUGUCAAGAAACACAAGGCCAACCCAAACGCCCCCCUCGCGGAACGCGUGCGCCCCACCACUCUCGACGACAUUGCCGGUCAGGAUCUUGUCGGCCCCAACGGCGUGUUGCGGGCCUUGAUCGAGUCCCAGUCGCUGCCAUCCAUCAUACUGUGGGGCGGGUCGGGCACGGGCAAGACUACUAUAGCCCGCGUUGUUGCCAACAUGGUCGGGAGCCGCUUCAUCGAGAUCAACGCCACGUCCAGCGGCGCUGCCGAGUGCAAGAAAUUGUUCCAAGACGCUGCCAACGAGCUGGCGCUGACCGGGAGGAGGACAAUCAUCUUUUGCGACGAGAUACACCGCUUCACCAAGGCGCAGCAGGACGUCUUCCUCAAGCCUGUCGAAGCUGGCACAAUCACCUUGAUCGGGGCUACGACCGAGAAUCCGUCAUUUAAAAUCCAAGCAGCCCUCCUGUCCCGUUGCCGCACUUUCACCUUGCAGAAGCUGUCGAACGAGCACGUUCGGAACAUUUUGACGAGGGCGUUGGAGCACGCGUUUGAGAACGACCCGUCAAAGCUACCGCCGCUGAUCGACGAGGAGCUCCUCAUCUACCUUUCCGCCUUCGCAGACGGUGACGCCCGCACCGCCCUGAAUCUCCUAGAACUCGCCAUAUCACUCACCAUCAAACCACCUGCCGACCCCGCCUCGCCCCUCACAAAAGAAGACAUCAAAGCAGCCCUCACCAAGACCUUGGUAUAUGACAGGGCUGGCGACCAGCACUACGACACGAUAUCGGCUUUCCACAAGGCAGUGCGGGGGUCCGACAGUGACGCCGCGCUCUACUACCUCGCGCGCAUGCUACAGUCUGGCGAGGAUCCUCUGUUCGUCGCCCGCCGCAUGGUAGUCAUCGCGUCCGAAGACGUGGGCCUCGCUGACAACUCGCUUCUCUCGCUCGCCACUGCGACGUACACAGCGGUCGAGAAGAUCGGCAUGCCGGAGGCUCGCAUCCCAUUAGGCCACUGCGCGACUGCUCUAUGCCUUGCCCCGAAGAGCACGCGUGCGUAUCGUGGGCUCAAUAAUGCUUAUGCUGCGCUUCGGGAGCCGGGUGUGGCUGGCCUGCCAAUUCCCAUACAUUUGAGGAACGCACCGACGAGGCUAAUGAAGGAGAUGGGCUACGGCAAGGAGUACAAAUACAAUCCGAACUACAAGGGAGGCAGAGUCAGGCAGGAUUACUUGCCCGAACAGCUGCUGGGGAGGAAAUUUCUGGAGGAUAGAGACCUGGGGACUGAGGUCGACCCUGAUUUGGAUAUGGAAGACUGA